AUGUCAUGGAUAUCAGCGUCUGACCUCCAAAAGAUAUCCCAACACUCAUUGCACAAUUUUGACAAUCUCCCUAUGAGAGCAUCUUUUGCAUCGAAAAAGGCUUCCAGAAUGGAAUGUACUAAGCCAUCAAACUGUUUCGAAUUCCUCCGAUAUCAAUCUUUCGCCAUCGAAGGACCGAUAUGA